AUGAAACCUCCUUCAACCCCCUCCGCCCCAUUCAUCCCUGGCGUUAAUGGUCAAAAUGACAGUCCGCCAACGCCUCAAGCCAGCCCUGAACCGGCACGAAGCGUGCUGGACAACUGUCGGAUGAAAGUCGAAAAUUCUCCAAGUCCGAUUAAUAAUGCCUGUGAAGUGGGUUGGCGUCUAAGACCCUUUCUUGACGACAAUAUACCACCCACAUCUCCAUGCACCAAACGGCGUCGUCGCGAGAUUAAUGAGAUAUAUCCACCUGUCCGUGAAAAUAGUGGGCCUGAGAACCCAUAUUUGCCUCGGACAUUGACACUACCUCGCCCAGAACUACUACUGCCUGUUACCUCACCACACUCUAUCUGGCCUGUUAACUCACCAAAUUAUAUCUGGAACAUUCAAUCGCACCACCAGAACUCUGCGCCCCCUUCGCCUCAUGACCCUAGCCUAGUUCUUCCCCCAUUACAGCUAGCACCCCAAUCAUACCCACAAACUAGGGGCGUGGAAGAAACGCCGUUGACGAUUUCGUUCCUGAAAAAGAUAAGUCUUCUAUCCAAAGGCUCUCCUCCAUUUACAACUUCCUCGAGCCCAGACUCCGGUCACGCGGGAGGCUCAGUUAUCGCCAUCGAAGGCGAUGACCCGGAAUUGAUCGCCUAUGUCACUGAAUAUUUGAAUAAUGCUCUUUCCUGCGACGAUGGUGGGAAUGUUCGGAUAUUUAAGGGCCCCGAAGCCAGUACUCAGACGGCGUCAGAAGAUACGCGAGCGGCAGCUGGAAACCAUCUCGAAACAAUUUUUUCAUGGUAUAAAAUAUCGGGCAGGAUAAUUGAAUUCCUUAAUGACCGCUUCUCGCCAGCAGUGCAACCGUCUUCAUGCGAGGAUGAGUCCAAAUCCAAUGCAUCCUUUCAGUCAAUCAUACCCAAAACAGAAUAUUUGCGUAUCAGCUCACCUGGUCGGUCCCCCUCUGGCGAGGCGGCGUAUACACCUGCCUCCAGCGAUGCUGUUUAUACCCCUGCUUCUAGCGAGGCUGUUUAUACACCAACCUCCUCUUCUAGUGACUCAGCUUUCCGCAUAGCGCUUGUCCCGCAAUACCAACUGGCUACAACAGAAGCCCAUGCUUGCCUGGCUUCAAACAAUGGUACACAAGAUCCUAUGGACCAUUGGGAGCGGAUGGCGAUGCAAUGGGGUAGCUGCGUUGGCCCAGAUAUCACCGUAUAUAUACGGGAUUGCGACCAAGAUGAGAUGAGCAGAUACGGCGAAGGGAACUCCGUCGAGAACCGUUUGAACGAUGUCCGAACGUUGGUUAUCAGGCGUCUCGUCGGUAGCAACGAAGGUAUCGACGAGAGAGCAUUGAGGAGAGUUGGAUUCGAGGUCAAAGAGUUCCUGAGAAAAUAA